UUCAAUUUAAAGUUUAAACACUUAAGUCUAAAUUGUUUGGAGUGUCUUAAAAAAUAGAACCAAUCUGACGAGUCAUAACUUCAAACUAAGUCCAAAGCUGAUCAAAAAACCAAAUUUUAAAACCAUCAAGAAUCCCAAAAAACAAUGAAAUUUUAAAAAACAUUAAAAAUUACAAAACUCAAAAAUAAUGGUUAUGAUGCAAUCUCCAUCACUUUCCGAUUCUGGUCGACCAGAAAGCCCUUCAUCAAAUCCAGAAUCACCAACAAACAACAACAACAAUGUCAACAAACUCGAUCAAAACUCACCGAAAAUAAAUCGCUACGACGAUGACUCAAUAAAAGAUAUAAAGCCAAAAUUUAGUGUCUUGACAGCAAUUAACAAGGAAAAUUCAUCCACAACAAUCAGUCGCAAUAAUAAUUUAGAUCAAAUUUUAUAUCCAAAGCCAACAGAUCGUGAUUUAUUAGAGCCUAGUGCGAAAUUCUCAAUAGAACGUCUCAAGCAAUUGGCAGAUCAGCGACUGAGUCCAUCGAAUAUCGAAAACAGUAGCCUCUCAAACAAUAAAAUCUUUUCAAUUGAUCACAGUGCAAAAUAUCAAAAUAAUGGCAAUGGAUUGAUGUCAAAUUUAUCAGGAUUACCGCUUAAUGUUGACACAAAUAAUCAGCAUCUGGUUCCGGUUUCGACGGUGUUUACAAACCAUCCGACACCUCAUCAUUUGAAUAUCCUUAGCCACAAUAGUCAUUUAAAGUACGGAUUGCUCCCGACCGUCGCUAAUGGUAAUGUUAUUGUCAGCGGUUUACCGAGCAAUAACAAUAAUGCAACGGAAUUAGACAUCGAACGAAUAAAAUUAGCACGAACACUUAAUAAUGGUAAAGAGUUAUCAGAUUUUGGAUUUCGCAUUCAACUUGGCGGUCUGACGACAAAUUAUCCGCACAGUGAAACACACAGCGAUAGCGAGGAAUUGAAUGUUGAUGGUAAUGAGGAUAGUUCACAGGAUGAACAUUCGACAUGUCCAGUGGAUUUAACACGCUCAAUGGAUUCAAAACCGAGUAUUGAUAGUAGUGAAAAGGAGACACCAAAGAGAUUGGCAUUUUCUGUCGAAAACAUAUUAGAUCCAAAUAAGUUUACUGGUAGGAGGCAUUAUGGACAUAGUAUGAAUGGAUUAAGGAUGUGGAAUAGCAUUGAUAGGGAUGAGAAAACUGACGAUGAUCAUAGUGAUGGGCACUCGACCAAAGAUCUAAACGACAUAGACCCAGAUGACAUGUGUGACGACACAAUGGGUAGUGAUAUGGAAGGAAGUGACACAGAUUCAAAAAUGAGUGACUCGAAAAAGAAUGGAGAUGGAAAGUCACAAGGAAAUAACUCAAAACCUCGACGAGCUAGAACCGCAUUUACAUAUGAACAACUGGUAUCACUAGAAAAUAAGUUCAAAACUACACGAUAUCUGUCUGUGUGUGAGCGACUGAAUUUAGCGCUAAGCCUUAGUCUGACUGAAACACAAGUGAAAAUAUGGUUCCAAAACAGACGUACUAAAUGGAAGAAACAAAAUCCAGGAAUGGAUGUAAACAGUCCAACAGUUCCACCACCAUCAAACGCAGGUGCAUUUGGUCCAGGAUAUGCAAGCAGUUUACUAUAUCCACAUGCAGUUCCUUAUCCACCAUAUGGAGCAUAUUUUCAUCCAUUAAACAGCCAUGCUCAUCAUAUUGGACACUCGCACACAUAAUAACAACUACAUCAUCACCAUCAUCAUGCACCUCCUCAUAAGAAAGAGAAAAGUGAGAAGGAUCAGUGAAAAUGACUUAAAUAUUGAUGGUGAUGAACAUUUUAAGAUAAGAAUUUUUUAUUAUUUUGUAAAUAAUGAAAAUAAAUGAACAAUGAAUGAGAGGUAUCCGUUCCAAAGUAGUUUAAUGCAUGAUACACAUCACGUACAUGACAAAUUAAGCAAGUGAAAAAAAUGUAAAUAAGGAAAAGAAGAGCAAGUUUUAAAAUUGAAGAUAAAUAAGAAAUGUGGGUUGAUGUUGAGGAAUUUGAUGGAAAUGUUUGAAUCUCAUGUGCAAUUUUAAGCCAAACUUCCUUAAUCUAAUUCCACAAAAUUGAUCCACAAACACAUAAGUUUGUAAAUAUUGUAAACAAA